AUAUGAUUAAUUUCUUAAUCAUUUUAGAAUUCUGAAUUGCAAGAGUAUAAAAUAAUAAAAGACGUAGAUUUGCCUAGAUACCGACGCUCUAUUCGCGAUGCGUGUUUACCGAACGCGUUAAAUAAUCUAUCAAGCGAUGAAGUCAUAGCACCAGCCCAUCCUCUAAUUAUUUCUAGCACUGUUAUAAACCGUUCCACGAACUCCCUCGAUCAUUCCACCCCUCUGGCAACGAGCGAAAGAAAUUCCAAAAAUAUUCGCGCAACAGGCCCGUCGCCUCCGUAGCCUCCCCGCGCUGCAUCAAGAACCCCCAGGUGUUCACGGUCCUGGCAUGCGUCGCGACGCCUCGUGCACGUCAGCCAGUGCCAAUCGGUCGGUCGAAAAGAGCAUUGCGAUCUGAUCUCCGGUAUCCCGCGGCGGGCGUAAACGAAAAUCGACAGCCAUCGGUGUUUAGAAACCUGUGAAAAUAAUCUCGCUUCAUCGUUCGACCUCGUCUCGCCCAUGCGAUAAUAAACCAACCGCCACGCAUUUUGCCACCCAAAGAUAAUAUAUCGAAAAAUCGCCAGCAGUGGUUGGCGAACGAUAGCGGACCUGGUCACCGUCGCGACGCCUCGUACACGGUCGGCGUCGAGGACGUCGCGUGGCGUAGCCAGGCUACCCUCACUUUCGCCGCGUCGGCCGUCGAGGACGCGCGCGUCUAGCAUUCCCCCCGGCGAUCGAUCGAUCGUCUGUUGAUCGAGCUUCCGUUCGGGAAACAGUCAGUGCUCGAGGAAGGAAUCGGCGGGGCCUUUAGGAAAGAUAACCGUAAACGGGAGGUUGCUCGAGGACCUUGGCGCGCGCACGAUACACAUCAAACCGCGCUACGUGAAUAUUUCAAAUCGUUUUAUCGAUCUAUCGCGGAACACGUGUCCCGCGAUCCGUGUGUCACAGUGAUACCACGCGGGUUUUGAACUGCAGUUUCGUUUCGUCUCGCAACCACGCAACGAACGCACAAGGUACCGAGUUCAAGGACGCUGAUCAGUGUCUCACUGUCGCCCGCGACUGUGUCUAUUGUUCCCGUGUCAAUGUUCCAUGUUGGUUUAUCAUUUUUUUUAUUUGUGAAUUGUGUGCGUGAAUCCGUGGCUGUGAAGAACAGGACGUACGCGUCCGGGGAACGUUCUCUGUGAACCCUUUAUCCGUUCCACGCGCGAAUCCUGUUACCCCGGAAAUCGUCCUCCAAAGCCCUUCGACUGUACAUACGUCCGGGAAACCCUCUUUCGGCGAUUCGUUGGUCUGUGUAACGCUACCUAGGAAGUUGAUAACAUCGAUCGCUGAAUGUGUCCGUGAUCGUGGUUUUCCUUUCGACACGUUGACCCGCCGUAGUGUUGCAAUGUGCAAUUUUUGUGACGCGAGAGGUCGAUUUUCGAUCGCGUCGGGAUGUCUGAGGGAUCGUUCGAUCGAUCCUGUUCGGGUAAAUACAUCUUUAACGCUUUGAUUGCUAUGUCAUUCGUAUGUGACAGGAUUCACCACCAUGGAGCUAGAAAAAUUAAUUUUCAAGUCGAGAUGUCGAGGAAAAUUAAUUAGGAUUUGCGAACUUUAGCAAGGUUACAAAAAUAAGUAGCGAAACAAAUUUUAGUUUAACAUCAUUUGUAUUACAUUAUGUAUUUUAAAAAAUUAUCUGAUGUGGACUAAUCAAAAAGCAUUCGAUUGUAUGUAAUAUAACAAUGUAAAAGUAUAGAAAUUGUUACGAAUUUGCAUACGAAUUUUGUAAGGUUCAAACAUUAAGAAACUGCAAAGAAGAACUAAUUUAUUUCUUUUUGAUUUAUCACCUUUACUAGGCCUCAAAUGAGCGGUAUUUUCACGAUUUUUUUAAAAGAAAUCGGUGCUUUUAAUCGAGAUGAAUUUGAAAACAAUACUUUUUAAAUGUCCAUAUUUAUUCAUAUCAGAGUUAAUAAAAAUAUGCGAUAACUAAGAAAUCCUUUAAACGAAUUUAAUUUAGUACAAAUAUUCUCAAUAACAUUCUCUAUCGCUUGAUGCGCGAUUUUUUAAAAAUUAGUUCUCGAGACAUCGAUAAAAAAGUCUCCAUUUUGAAUGUGUAAUGAAAUAUGCAAGAAAUACGAAUUAUAAUAUGUGUGCAUAAUAAUCGAGUAGGCCAGAAAUAGAAUCUCACACUUAAAUCAUAAAGUUCUACAUUAUAUAAGAUAGAUGGUACAUUACUCAGCGGAUGAUUGGACAAGGCGAACACAAAAAUGUCUAGAACGUAAAGUUUUAUAGGAAGAAAGAUCAGUUUUCCAUCAAAUUGAGCGUAGAAAUAUCGAUAAAUCGAAUGUGAACAGCGUCGAGUAAUUUUUCUUGAGUCGCGGACCUUAGUCUGACCAUAACGACACAAUACUACUUGCAAUUCCUUCCUGGACCAAUCUUUCUUCCUACAAUACUUCUAUAUACGAGCAAUGUUUAACAAAAUUAUUUGCAAACAUUUAGAUUGAAUCGUGUUACAAUUUAUAUUUUGCCAUACAUUUCUUCUCUUAUCAUUUAACAGAGUGUCAAUAAUUACUCAGUAUAUUUAGAAGACAAUCAGGAUCCUCCACAUUGUCCAUACACGUGAUUUAUAUUAUUCGUGAGUUCAGACACUAAUUUCCAGCUUCCGUUAGAAAUCUCUGUCACUUUUCCAUAGGUAUAACAUUUUGUUUAAUAUUGAUUUCUUAGAGAUGUAUUUGCACGAAGAGGGUCGAACAAAUAGAUGAUCGAAAGGAAGCAAUAAACUGUUUACUUCCGAAGUUGAUAGACAUGAUCAACAAUCUUGACAAACUUCCUAUCGUAUUAUUUGUGAUCCAUAAAGCAACAAAUGAAUUUCGAAAUGUCGAAUAUUAUUGUAAUAAAAAUCUUCGGCUAAUAGACCUCUUCGGAGUUCACAAUAUACGAUAUAAAAUCAAUGCAGUGUCCUUAGUUCGUACACAAAUGGCGAUACAGUAAGUUCUCGAGUUACGCGGAUUCGUAAAUACUCCAUUACGCUUCUACUUAUGUCCUUGUAUGAUACAUAUUUAUGUGUUUAGAUAUUAAACGAAAUUUCCUUUUAUUUAAUCUUACGCGUAGAUCCAUUUAACAUUUUUUAAGCCUGAUUUUGGGACCCCAUCUACAAUAUCCAAGACUCAGAUUUUUAGAAACAUUAAAAUAUUUUUGUUUUAAUUGAAAUUUAAAAUUUAUGAAUAUCGUCCAUAUAAUUGUUCAGAAACCAAGUACAAUUUGUAAUAUAGAGGGAUAUUAUAUGGAGAAAGAAAGUUCAGUCUUCGGAAGAAAUUGCAAGUAGUAUUGAGUCGUUUCAGUCAGACGUAAGACUCUCUACUUAAAAAAUCCUAUUAUUCUUCCCAUCGACGCAACGGAUUUAUCUGAAUUUUAUUUUACAUUAACGCAGAACUAACCUUUCUUUCCUCGUGCAACAUUAUCUGUUCGUAGCAUUUUUAAAAAAGCUCGUAGCAAAAUAACCGUGAAACCCGAGAACUUACUGUAAACGAGAAACUUCAGUAUUUACAGGUGUCCAAUUUCAUAAAAAUGGCGGUCAAUGUGUGGAGCUUCGUUGUAUUUUUGAGUAGACGUAGAGAACUCUAACCAGACUAAUCCUCGUGGUGUCGUGAACGUCUAAUCAGAUCGGUCCUCUUUGUCCAGCUGUUCGUUGCUUGUUGUUUGCUUUCCGUGUGAAGGUCCAAGAGUUUGUGCAUGAAGUCGAGAAAGACGAAGGAAAGCAGCGUCGCGGUGGUUCUUCGGUCGCGUCGAAAUCGAAGCAACAAAAGUUUUUCCACCGAACGUUGCGAAGUCGCUUAACGACUACGCCGAGAUGUCGGUUUUGGGUCGCAAAUCGUACUUGGGGACGAUUACUGUCGUGCACGUGCCUCGUAACGGAAGAUAGGCGGUCUCCAGUCGACGUCAAAUCGGUAGGAAAAUUAUCGCGGGUAGAGGGAAACUCGUUCCAUUGCUCAAUCUAUGGUCCAACGUUAGUUCAAAUUACUUCUCAGGUCAAUUAUUAGUUGUGUUCGUUACGUUUAAUUCUUCGCUCGCAUUCGACAAAUACUAUACCACUGUGGCGAGCUCGUCAGAUUCUAAUCUUAUAAUGUUGCUCGUGUUUGUCGGAUCGAUUGUCAAGCAUUACCGUUCCCUUACUUUAUUUCCUCCCAGUCGUGAAUAAAAUCAUCAUCAAACUUAGUUCAAUUCGUAAUUAUCGAUCAAAUUUUUAUACAAAAUUAUUCGUUUCGGAACACUGACUUGUACAGACGUAUACACCAAACGUAAAUUAAACGAAAUACAAAUUAUGUUGUUAGUUAAUUGUUAUGAUACUCGUCUAUGUCUUGUCUUCGAUUCUUCGUUUGUUACUUAUCACGCUAAUUUAAUAAAAUGUAUCAAGAGUCUGGAUCUAUCAGCUGUAAGUAGCAUGGAAUCCAAUACAGAAAAUUGUGAUCUCAAAUCCGGGAUAGUCGAGUUAUUGUUUUGGUCAUCUGUAGUUCCCAACUAGGUGUACCCAGUUGUACUUUUAAUUCGUAAUCAGAAUCGUAAUAGGAGGCGAUAGAGAUCUUCAAUUUCCGCACGAGCACGCUAUCAUUCGCUGUUUCGUCGACGAAGAGGCGCAAUUAUAAUUGCGGACCUUGAAGUUUCCGUCGAGUUAAAUCGAGCGCGGCUAUAUCGUCGUUCGCGCUAGAAUCUAAGGGCGGAACUUAGAUCGCGCGUAACUAAAUUGUGAAACUUCUUUUCUUUCGCACGACAAGUUGGAUCGAAACGAUACAGGAAGAUGAGAUUAAACGUCGUUCGAAAGUAGGAUCUGGGUUAGGUCUGUAUUGCUCCUGGGAACUCGUCGACAGGGUCGUUUAAACAAGACCCGAGCCGCGCAAAAACAGAUUGCAUAAUUGCAAGAUGGCUUCGUUCAGCGACUCGAAAAAAAGUUUCGAAUCGAGACGCGAAUUGAAAUGGAUUGCUGCAAGCAUUUUAGUAAUAUUACUUGCUCAAAUAUUUGUUUUAUUUAUGUGUAUACCAUUUCUAAGUUAGAAAAGACACUUAAAAAGUAAUUAAAACGAAGCCAUCUUCGAAGUAAGACUAAAUUUAAUUUUCAAAGAAAAUGUUCUCUUACUAAUUCAUAGACUUCCAGAAAGAGUACAGCUUCUAUUUUAAAUAUAUUCCCAAUAUUUUUCUUAGUUUGGCAGUUGUAUAGAAAUAAAUAAAAUUGGUAGUUCUGACGAUACUAUUUAUUAGUCAUUAGUAAACGCGACGAAAAGUUUUGAAGUAAUCUUCGUCGAAACUUCUGAUCGGUAAAUUUGAAUUCCAUCCAAGGACAAUCUCUUCAGUUUCCAAUAUAGGAGGCAGGCUGGCUGCGGUAUAAGUAAUUUCGAAGGCCGGGAAAAAUGGCGCGGAAUAAAAGUUUUACGCGGCGCUGGUGAUUGGCUAGAUACGGGAAACGCUCGUUAAGACCCACUUGGAAACUUUUUACUGGACAGAAAGCGACUCUGACACCUCUCGCGUCGGCGAAUAAAUCAUUCCGGAAUCCCCUAACGAAACCCUCGAACCUUGGCGGACGCGGAGCCACUUAAUCGGCGUGCACCUCUAACAAAACGAAUAACUCGAGUGUGUCGAGACACGUCGAACCGCUUAAAAACACUCAUUAACACCGUUGGCAUUCCCCUUGGCUGAUGCCCCUAGCAGCGUCCAUUUUUCCUCCGAAAACGAACCUUAUUCCCCACGAAACAUGCGAUCGAGGGUUUCGAUCGUAAGUGCAACAGUUCGGAGCUCGACAGCUCCGACUCGUUAGACUUAAAGUCCCUACUGACUUUGGUUGGCACGCCUGAACGGCGCCACCGCGCGAUACGAUCGUGAAUUAAACUCGGCGUAGGCUCCCGCCAAAGAAACGCUCUGGUGAAUUAGUUGCUGAUCGAAUCGAAAACGAGAAACGGAAACACAUAGUCGCGGACUGGACACAAACACACACAUAGGGAAGCUUUCGUGAUCGUCGAGCACCACCACCACCGCCGCCGCUGCUUGUUUAAAAAGCAAAACUCGACACCGUGUCACGAAACACACGGUGAUACAUUUUGGACGUGGUUCGGUUGUCGUCAUUGUCAGUCAUGAAUCUUAUGUUCCGCAAGAACUUCAGCGGCGAGAAGGGCUUCGGUGGUGGUGGAGGAGGAGGUGGAGGCGGAUUGGAGGGUCGCACGGCCCUAGGAGGCGCGUACACGUCGGGUACCUUGGGGUACUCGGGGCCACGUUUCGGCGUCGUGCGUGGCGCCACUCAGGCGGCCGUAGGGGCGCGGGGACCGAUCAGACGGAGCAGAGAAUUCGGCUACUUCCCGUCGAUGGCCGAUCACGAGCACCAGGGCUACGGGUAUAGGACUCACCUGUUCCUUACGCCACCGUCAGGCGGCGCCCUUGGGUGCCCGCCCGAGGAACCGACCGAGCGAUUGGGACCACCACCCAGAAGGAACUCCGGGCCUCAUGUGAUCAAGUGGGGCGGUGGUGGGGGCAGCGGGUCCGCGCAAGCGUCAGGGGCUGCGAGCCAGGCGAGGAGGAAGACCCAAUCCACGCUGCAGAAGGACCCUUCAGAACCUCCGACACCGACUGCCUCCAGACAGGUUUCCUUCAGCGGCAACCGGACAUCCGGCGCGUACACGCCACUCGUGGUUUCCGGGAACAGUCCACCCCGCGGGGAACCAAUUUCUUUGGCCACGUUGGACCGAGACUGUUUCAUCAUCCCCCUCGCGUCUCUCGAACGCUUUUUGCCAGCAGGUGUACCGCUUUAUUCCAACUCGUUCCAGCACGCCCCGAUCGCGGAUAAAAAGAGACCAGGCAGCCCGCUGUCGGUCCUGGAGGUCGAGGACCCGAAGCAAUGUGUUCUGGCGCAUUUCAUGACGCCCCUGGAGCCGCUGGAUCCUUUAAUCGAGACUCCCGUUUCCCGUCCGUUGGUUCUGCAACGGGACACUGCGGCCGAGUUGGUCGCCGAAAUAGCACCCUCCGCCUCCCAGAGCAUUCUGCUCACGAACAUGGAGAAAAAUGCGGAUUUCCCGUUCAUCACCUACUACCUAAUCAACAAACAGAACACGGAUCCCGUGGACUUUUAUAACGAGGUUCAAUGCGCUGCUCUGAGGAAGUUCGAUCCACGCGAUCUGCGAUACGCGGCCAGCCACACGCUGGACCUGUUCAACGAGGUGGCGACCAUCGCGAGGCCGCCAUUGGAGCCACCUGGUGUAAGACCACCGAUUCCGUCCACUGGCUACAUUGUCUCGAUUUUUAAAGUGUUCGAGGGCGACGACGGCCUCAAGUUCGAACAGAACUGGCUCUACUGGACCGGCGCCCGUAUGAUGUACCGAUAUUUGCCGAAGUCGGUGGGCCUGAGACGCAUCACGCUGCACAAAUCCAUGUCACAGGGCGACAAGAUGUACCUACUGAUCUGCGAGUGCUCGCAGCUGCAAGACAAUCUUUCCGCGGCGGCCAUACUGUUGCCAGCGUUGCGCGCCCGACUUUGCGGAUACACGGGUCUCUACAGGCCCUCGGUGUGUUUCUGAUUCGUCAAGAAACGUCGACGACGCGCCAACGACGCCAGGAUGCAAUUGGGCAGGGCAACCCUGUGAGAUUCGUGGUCGGAGAACGAAUUUCGAAUUGCGCGCCGAAGGACCGUUUGCGAUGCGCGCGCAGCGCCAGCGCGGGUUGUUGACUAACGUAGUCUUCGACACUCUAGUCCAGGGAUUCCCAAACUUUGUCGAUCAUGUGCCACACUGUGCUUUCGACUCGAUUGAUUUGUCAUUCGUUGUGAGCACUUUGGGAAAUCCUGCUCUAGUCGAUAAGAUAUAGCACGUUCCAUGAGACGAUAUCGAAUGUGAACAGUAUAUUUUAUUUUAUACCUUUUCUUUUUGUUAAUACGAUGUACAUAGAAUUUAGAAAUGGUUCGUUGCUAUUUAUACAUAUAACAGCGGUUCUGUUACAGUCACGUUGUUUCGUUUUGCUCCACUUGGUCGUCUCAUGGAAACAAAAGUUGUCGCAUAAGGAAAGUUGGGAAAAUUUAAUUUUCGAACGGCGAAUAAAAUUGUUAAAUUCGUUGGCUAGCUUUCGUUUACGUUUCGGUCGUAAAUAAGGAUUCAUUCGUGGACUGUAAGCCAGCAAAGCAUCGAGCAAAAGUUAGGUUACGAACGAAUUUAAAGUUAAUGUUCGUCGUGCGGAAAUAAAGGCUGCCCAACAAUGUACUACAUAGCGAUUUCCGGGCGAGACGAGGCAGAAUCGUUCGAAGGCUCGUUUCGUGCAAUCGUAAAGCCUGCCCGCGACACCGGUAGCCCGCCAAUCAGUGCGAUACGAUCUUCUCGUUUCCGGUUCUAUAAAGUCACUUAUUUUCUUACAUCACCGUCGCGCCACCAUCGCGGCGCCACGAGGUUCGCGUGUCAUAACACGCCGCUUGCAUCUUUAUCGGCGGAGUCGCCAGACACCGAGGCAAAAUGGUUGACAGUAAUGAAAUAGACGAAGAGUGAAGGCACCACGAUGCACUGCGAGUUAUUUUUAUUUCGUACCGUGUAUUUCUCGCACGUACCAAGCAGUACCAGGCGCUUCACAUACUUUUCCCCAAUCUGUUUGAUUCUAACAUAUUGACGCUUCCUAGAGUAAUAUGUAGUCAAUUAAGUCCUGAAAAAGCAUACAAAAAAUUAAUACAAUAUUAUCUUCUAAUUAAAGAUUCGUAUCUGAAACUAUUUAAAUUAAGGUUAAGUUCAUUAUUACGGUUAAAUAAACAUAUUUUUCCACGUCCAUUUCCAUACGACUUUGGCAAAACUUGAAGCAUACAAUUUGUUAGAUACUGUAAAGGCCAUCAAACUAAAUACUUAUACCAAAGAUAAAUACGAAUAAUGUCGCUUGUUUUGAAACGGAUACUUGAGUAAAUUUCGUUACAAACAGAUUCUACUACUGAUAACAAAUUGUAUUACAAACGACAUUAUUCAAACGUCGAUGUCAAGUCGUUGGACUUAUUCUUCUACGUUUUGUCGGCCAUUUUGUCCCGGUUGCCGGUAAGUCUGGUCGACGUUAUCGUACGAAUCCAGCAGAUCUCGCGAAACGAGUGCCCUGGUCGAUGAAUCGGAGAGCUGUGAUCUCUGUCGAAGAAACGAAAUCGUAACGGAGGCAGCUUCGUAUACGCUUUAGGGAAAUCUCAACGAGAAUCUUGUACGCUUACGGGCUGCACACCCGUCUAGUUACGCCUCUGGCCAGUUUGUAUUUUUCGACUUUACAUAUAUUUCAUCCGACGUUCAGCGAAACGUUAUUAUAUAUCGCGUCCGCUCGACCAACGAGAAACGGAACGAACAUUUGCAUGUAAAUAGACACACCGCGAGACAAUUUUUAUUACUAUCGAACGACUUAUCGAUCGAAUCGCUGACUACAUAUCAUAUAUACUCGAUAAACUGUGAUAUUCGAACGAUUGCCGUAUUAUAUCACAAGGACGAUGCGAACGCGUUCGCGAAUACUUCUCGAUAGACACUUCUUUGAAAAUGCUGCUCUUUGAAAUAAAUUUAGGCGAGACCGGAACUCGACGGUAGAGGCUACUGUAACGUAAUCUCCAAGUCUUUUAUCAAUUACAAUUCACACGUUUGAUAAUUACAUAUCCUUGCCUGGAUUGUCCGUGUCGUGAGCGUGAACGGAUGAAUUAUGACUUUGAAACUUAAAUGGCGACGAGGUUUUUUCGUUUUGCUCCGCUCGGAGAUGCGCGAUCGAACUUGUUCUUCUUAUUCUUUCUCUUCGGGAUUCAGAUGUCGCACAAUAAUGAUUACGAAAACGUUUGCAAAGACAGGAUCGCUGUUUAAAUUUUGAAUUUAUAUUCUAUUCGUUGUUAAACCGGAUGGAUCUCCGAAUUUUUUGGGGAUACGCAGGGAGAGGGUAGAUUCGUCGGAAUACGCGGGGAAAGCUUAAUCAAAUCUUUCUUAGGUGCCCGUAGAAGUUUUUAGAACGAGGACGAGUAGCGUGAAUUGGCAUUGUAGUACAAAUAAAUAAAAAAAAAACUUAACGAAAAUAUCAAAUAAAAAAACGUAUAGUCAAUAUACGCUUGUUGCAUACAGACAAUAGCUAGGACGAUUGCGCAGGCGCGAUCGGUAACGUAGAUUUUUAAGGACCCGGACGGCGUAUACUUACAAUACGUCCCUUCGUACUCGCUGAAACAAAAAAAAUGUGGAACAAGAUGAUCUUAACUAUAAGGCGGCGACGAAUAAUAAGAAUAAAAGAAAAAAAAAAAAAAAGAAAAGAAAAAAAAAAUUUUCGCGAUUUUACUGUGAUCCCACGUGUAUCGCGACGAAAAACGAUACACGUAAGUAUUCGUGUGCGAUUGGUCGCGGUUGUGGACCGCGUGACUGCGUGACUCGAUACGUGAGGUGUGAUUGGUUUCUGUCCAUUGAGGAGAAUACGCCGUUGAAUAACGAUUCUUUGUCUGCACAAGUUUGUUUACGAAAAUACUUUUGCUCCACGUGGGAGUACGCCUGUUCAGGGUAACUUUACGAUCGGGUUUGUAAAACGCCCUUGGAUCCGUAUCGCGGAUUCGAAGAAAUUUGUUUCGUCGGACGGGAUGAGAUUGUACGAUACAUUGAUACUUUGCGAUUACGAUAGGUUUAUUAUAUCAUGUACAACGAAUACGACGAGGUAAUAAUAAAUAACUUCUACUAAUCACGUCACGCGAGCUGUGUGCUUUUUCUCUCAUCGUACGCCUAGGGGUUCGAGUGAACAUUUUACCAGCUAUUACCUCUCUAUUUGAAAAUCUAACUUGUAUAUCGAAGGCUAAAGUCACAUCUAGUCGAUUAAAUACUUUGAACACACCGAACGUUUACUUUCUGUCACGA